AUGAAUAGUAAAUCAAGUAAUAGUCGUAGUAGUAGUUCAACUACAUUAUUGUCAAUAGUACUACUUUAUAUUAUAUUAUUUUCAUCUUUUAUAUUCGAGAACAGAGUUUUGUCGGAAGAUUGCUUUUACCAAGGUGGUGCCACAUCACGGUUCUCUGAUAUCUCCAGUUGGACCUGUAAUGUGUUAUGGGGUACAGCAAAGAUCAAGAAAACAGGUGUCACUGUUGAAACCAACGGUACCCUGGCAAUCACACCAUUUCUCGAGAUUGGGAAUCUCGAUGGCUCCGUCAACUCCACCUUCUUAAUCAAUUCAGAGGGAUUACAAGCAUCGAGUGCCUUGGUCUACUACCCAUCAACGAUGAAAAUCCAAAACAACUAUGCCCUCACCUCAUCAGACAUUGGAUUUUCCAGAUCUUUUACAGGUGAAUUUAGAAUAAUCAAUUCAUUAUUUCAAUUAUCUUCAUAUUAUAAUAUUUCAACUCCAACAUGUUUAACUCAAUUUGAUGAUUCAGUAGGAAUUGCAGGACCAUUUAUUAUAAAUACUGGAGCAUCUUUUGUAGUUGAUAAUUCAACUAUCAAGUUUAGAUCAGGGGUCAAUAGAAUAUUUACAGUUGGAAAACAGUCAAAUUAUAAAAUCACCAAUUCAAAACUAAAUCUACCAAUCAAUAUCACUGUAGAUACAGCAAAUUCAUUCCAAGUUUCAAACUCAGAAUAUUAUCCUGGUACUUUAAAUGCCAUCAAUUCAAAUCUAACAUUUUUAGAUUCUCAAAGAAUUCAAUUUAAUAAUCUUACUUUAAGUCAAUCAAAAUUAAAUAUUAUCAAUACAGUUAGUUGUUUCCAACAAGAGUAUCCAGAUGAUUUAGAGAAUGGUACAUUCCCCUUUAUACCAAUUAAUGGAAUAUCAGUAACAUCAUUUUCAGAAUUAUCAACUGCAUACAUAGGAUUAUUUAAUAUCCUUCCAAAUUCAAUAUUUAAUAUUCAAAAUAGUACUUUUAUAUUUAGUCGUGCAUCUUUAUCAAGUAACUCAUCGAAUAUCAAUAUAAAGGAUAGUAAAUUACCGUUUGAUAAUGUUGAAAUUAAACUAUCAUCAUCAAAUAUGACAUUUGUUAAUUCAGUCUUUUCUUUGGUUCUAUCUUCAAUUAAUAUCCAAAAAUCACCAUUGUCAUUUUUAAACUCAACGAUUACGAUCAAUGAUAAGAGUAGUAUUACAUCAGAUUCUGUAUUGUCGGUAGAUGGUGGUUCAUUCACUUCUGAGGGUGCACUGUCAUUUGAUACAUUGGUGUUAACCAACAGUGUAAACGUCAUUGGCUCACUUGAAUUCAAUGAUAUCACCCUCACUUCUUCCUUUUUAGAAAUGAAUAGUCGUUUCUCUUCUAAUGGAGGAGUAAUUAAAGUGAUUCAAUCUAAAUUGGUUGAUAGUAAUGCAUUGAAUGGUGAAUUGAUCAAUAAUGUAACAUUGUCAUUGUCAGUGUCUACUUUACAAGUUGGUACUGAACCAGCUCUCUACACUGAUUCUGUCAAGUUGGAGAUGUUCAACUCUACCAUUCACAUCCCCUUUAACAGCUCUCUUCAACUUGCCAACACAAACAUCGUCAUUAAAGAUGUAGUCAAUAUUACUACAAGUAGAAUAGUAAAUGAAGGUUCACUUGCAGUUAAUCAAGGAAAUUAUCCUAAAAAUUUAUAUAUUCAUAAUAAUGGAUAUUUAGAAUUUGAAACAGAUUUUGAAGGACAGAUUAGACAAGCAGGUAACAAUGACAGUGCCAUUAGAUUGAAUUUUAAUUGUAGUAUAAAGUCUGAACCACGUCUCAACCUAUUUGCAGGAUCGAUUGGAGGCGAUGGAACUAUAAAGUCUGACCUUUACAUUGGUUCCAAUUCAACACUCGGUGCCAACACUACAUCCAGACUUGUAUUUGAAAAGACUGUUCAACUUGAAAAUGAUUCAACUUUAAUCAUUGUUAUUGAUUCCAAAUUUAAUUUUACUCAUUUUAAUUUUACAUCAGUUGUAUCAAUUCCAGCAAGUCAUUUAUUGAUAAAGAUCAAUAGAGAGAUGUUUAAUGAAAAUGGUACAUUUACAGUGAUGACAUUUAAUACGACAGAUCCAAGCUAUGCUAUUUUUAGCAUUGAUCACAAUCAUACCAAUAUUCUAAUCUAUGACGGCAACAAUCAUGGAGCAGAAGAGUUUGCACCACCUGCCGAAUGCAAUGUUGUACCUGUGGCCAAAGAGGAUCGUGUCUAUAUAUCCUUUGACCAGUGUAAUCUAAAUGAAAAAAAACUGUCUGGUGGUGCCAUAGCCGGUAUUGCUGUUGGCUGUGCUGUAUUUGUUGGAUGUGUUGGAGGUACUGGUUAUUACCUAAAGAAGCGUCGUUCUCAAAUUGCAAAAGAAAAUUACAAGCUACGAUUUGGAUCACAACAAGUUGCCGAAUCAAAAGUUUAA